GUGGAUUGGCAGUACAAAUAGUGUUUCCCGAACCCCCCACUGCAUGAUGCCGCUACUGGCAGCCAACCAAUUGACGCUGAUCGACCGUGAAUGUGUAACUCAGUUACGACGUCUGUGAUCAAACAACCUGUCGAUUUAAGGUUUCAUGUGUCGAUUAUCGCUUUUGACGCACGGAAGAGAUCUGCGGGGAAGAUAGAGAGAUAGAAAAAAGUGAAACGUUCAACAUAGAAAGCGCGGGGUGAAACGAGAGCGGUCUGUGUACAUAAUAAAGUAAUGCGAUGCUAAGCGUCGAGAUGUAUGCCCGCGUUGAGUAUAGAAUAGUGCAAUAGAGAACUGAGUACAACCGUAAGAGAGCAAAAGUGUUCCAUUACUGUCCGGUCACCGGCUGGCUCUAGCAUCUACAUUCAACCAGCAGCGCGUCCUCGCCAAGUGUUACUGAAGGCGAUUACUAUCUCCGAUAAAUUAAAUAGGCAACGACGCGCAACGUGCGGUGGAUAUGAUCUUCCCUCACUUUUCGUGCCAAUACGCAACCAACACACGGCACCUGCAGCAGCGCUUAUAGAUGCUUGUAGACUGUUGUAGAUUUGCUCAUUCAGAUAACUGCACCAUGCGAGAACCACACUACCGCUAAACAAGAGAUAAGACGCUUCCGCGGCACCACGUGUCCGGUGUGCUGGUCAUGUUCGAGCGUCGUCCGUUGUUUGGGGCUCUGCUCGGGUUGACGCUGGUAGUAACAGUAUGGCAUAUGUCGUUCCAAGAAACCACCAGCAGUACCGGCGGAAGCAGUAGCAGUAGUAGCAGUAGCAAUGGCGUUGGGUCUGGAUCUUCGUACCUGGAGUCGGUUACUAUUGCGCCACCGUACAUGCAAGCAUCGUCUCUGGCAGUAUCCACGCCACAUCACUCACAAUCUGCAGUACCACCACCAGCACCACCUCGUGAUGGUGCAGCAGACGUUGCUGGGGCUGUCGAAUUUGUUGAAAGCAGCUCGAUGACGAAUCAAAGCUUCCUCCCACUAUUGCUAUCGUCGAUAUUAGUCAAUCCAGUAGAAAUGUUGCCAAAAGAUGAUUAUACCAGUUUAAUAGAUUUGAAAGAUUUUAAGUUCACCAUCAAUUUCAGCAAUUGUAGUGAGGGUGGUCGAAACAAGUAUGAAAGUGUUCGAACUAAUAGUCUUAAGAGUGAUGAGCAACGUGUACCAUUAAUUUUAGUUUUAGUUCAUUCGGCACCAACCAAUUGGUACAAGCGCAAUACAAUUCGUGAUACCUGGGGACAGUACGAUCCGCGAGCAAAGCUCGUCUUCCUGGUUGGAGCUGUCAACUCGAGUAUCCUCCAGCAACGAAUAGAGCAAGAGAAUCGCAUGUACGACGAUAUCGUACAGGGCAACUUUAUCGACGCUUAUCGAAAUAUGACCUACAAACAUGUGAUGGCACUAAAAUGGUUCACAUAUCACUGCCCAGAGGCCAAGUACAUCCUGAAAGCAGACGACGAUGUCUUCGUUAACACUCCAACACUAUACGACAUUCUAGAAUCGACGUCCCAAAGGCGACGGCUACUGUUUUGCCAAGAAAUUAGCAAGGCGCCCGUAAAACGAACACAUCGCUCCAAGUGGUACGUCAGCGUUCCCGAAUACCGUAACAGGUACUACCCAAACCAUUGUCCAGGCUAUUCGAUAAUCUACACACCGGACGUGGCAUUCCAGCUGUAUCGGGAAGCACAACAGCAACCGUACUUCUGGAUCGACGACGUGCAUCUCACGGGGACGAUAGCAAGACGAAUUAACGUUACCAUCACACCGACGGGUAGCAUGCUACUCAACCAAAGCCAAAAGGAUGCAAUCAUCGACAACAAGCUGAAUGCAUCCGAACAACUGUUCUUCUUCACCACACCGGAUCUACGCGAAGGGGAAAUCCGGAAGUUGUGGAAAGCGGUAACUCUGUCGAAAAGCGGUAGAUAGUAGAAACCCAUGAGGCAGACUGAAUAGGAAACGAACGAGUGUAAGAGUGUUUGUGCAGCUGAAAAAAAAAGAAUCACAGGCAAGAUCUACUUGUAUUAGAGCCUAGAUCUGAUCGUGAAGAAUCUCGUUAUACUAGGAAAAACCUUCAAAUUAUUCUAACAUUGUUUCGCCGCUCCUUCCUAUUUUUUGCUUGUUAUUUAAACAGGUAAUGUAAAAUAUUCAUAUCCCACGAUCUCACAGAACAUCAUUCGAUUUUUAGUUCUGAAAUGAGCAGUACUACGCUUGAUACUUCAUCUUUGAUUCAAACUAGGAUAUAUGCAUUUUUAAAAAGAAAAGUGAAUAAGUUAAUCAAAAUACAAUUCGAAAUUAUUUAUUAAAUGUGGAGUUGAAAUGCCCGCGUUCAUGCCAUGCAUGCUCGCGGGCAUUUGUUUUUUUAUGUAAAUGUAUUUCAUUAUUCGCAAUAAGUUACAGUUUUCUUGUCCUCCUUUGUAUUUCGCAAUGUUCUCGAGAAAGAUAUUCAUUGAGUUUUACCUAACUGCUUAAAAAGCAGUUCACCUUUUUGCCUUUUUCAUAUAAAAUGUGUUACGAUCGAACAUUGCUCAAAUAUCAAACUUUUUAUUUAAAAAUAAAAUAAUGUUUUGUAUGGCAAGUUCAAUUCAUACAGAAUAAAGGAAAAGUAUUCAAGCUUCCUUUUAGCGACUGUGAAUCAAUCCUGUUAAGACAGAUUUCUUCCGUUCAAUUCUACUAUAGACAUAAUAAUGAAAAACUGUUGCUUUUCACUAGAAAUCAGUAUUUCUAGUACUAGUAUUUCAACUAUUACGUAUAGUCACUGAAGAAGACUAUACGUAAUAGUUGAAAUACUAGUAUCUGAUUUAUAGUGAAAAGCAACAGUUUUUAAUUAUUAUUAUUUCAUCUGAUUUAACAGGAUUAAUUGUGACAUUCCACUAAGUCGUUCAAAAAGUUUUGAAUUUUGUAUGAAAUUUUAGACUGUGAAUUACCGGACUGCUGACUGGCAACUGUCUUUCGCGUCUUCUUGAGAUUUCGCUUGACUAUUGCCCAAUCCUUUUUUUCUAUUUGAUGAAGCCCCGGGCGAGUUGGGAGGGUUCCUGUCAACAAUUAUGUUACUUGUUACUUGCGGAAAGCCAACAGACGUUUUUCCAGGUAUUCCUGCAUAUAAAUUUCCUGGUUGAUGGUCCUGGUUGCGAUGUAAAUAUCGCUCUUCAAGCCACAGUAAUAGAUGGUCUGACACACGAGAUAUUUUUUUACGCACUUUGACAGCAUAACGUGUUUGAAAAUUUUUGUCAUCUUUCCUCUUCCAGUCGAAUAAUAUUAUUCCUGUUCAGGAACCUGUAUUAAAUCGACUUCAUAAUCCCCAAAACGGUUAUAGACCUAUUAAAAUGGACAACAAAUGGCUUAGAUUUACUGGUGUUAGUAACUGAUGAUCAGCCGAGGUCUCUUUGGCCACAUUUCCAUCUAGGGACCGUUAAUAAAUUACGCAACGCAAAGAUUGCCCAAAAUUGACUCCCCCUCUCCCCAUGUAACAAAUUGUCAUAAAUUUAUCUAUACCUCCCCUCCCCUAUUACGUAACAAAUUCUUUGAGAUUUUUUUUCUUCAGUAAAAACAUGUUACGUAACGAUCUAGCUUAUUCCCCCUCUCCCAUAUAUCACAACAUGUAACAAUUUGUCGUGAACACCUCCCCCCCACCUUAAAAAACUCCGUAAUUUAUUAAUGGUCCUAAGACGAUUCCAGAAGUCCCGGGUAAAAUGGUGCUGUUACAAAUUUACCAAACGCAUAUUGGUUUCUCGCAUAUGGUUACAGCGCGGAACUUCAAAUGUGGAAGUACAUUAAAUUUCAGAUAUUGAAUUCGUAAUUCAAUAUCUUCAAUUUAAUUCAUGCAUCCCAUCAAUCAAAAGUUCGUAUAAGAGAGAGAGCUGCCUAAGCUGCUCGUUUUAAGUAACUUUCCAAACAGUGCAAUGUACAAUAGCUGAUCAAGCAACUUGCAAGUUCCAUUAAUUCUUUCUAUUGCAUAUUUUAUAUACAGCAGCCGAGGUUACGUACAUUAUGUGCAUUCUAUAAUUUUUAAAGCUCAGGUGGAAAAGGCGGCUUUGGUGGAUCGCUUGUGCUUGAAGAUAUGCAGAUUUACAUGAUCAUCAUUUAGCUCUGUUCCGUGCACAUCUCCAAAAUCCUUGUAUUCCCCAUCUGGUUGCGGAGUAAGUAACCACAUUAAAGAACUAAAAACUUCAUCUGAUAGUCGUACGGAUUUCUGAAACGUUAGUGGAAUCGUCGGUGCAUUUUGCCUUUCUCAUAAAAAAGGCUAUGCAAUCACUCUGAAACUCGACUUGUCAACUAAAGCCCGGAUUUCCGUGUGUCAUAUACCAUCCGACUCAGUUCAUCGAGAUCUAAAAAUGUCUCCUGUUGCCAUGAGCCAUUUAGCUCCCGUUGCCGCAAGUCAUUUAGCUUUAUCCCGAUCUACUCGGAUAGUUUAGUACCAGGGAUGAAUCAACCCAAUUCCAACUGAGAGUUUCUCAGCGGCGAAAUUUCUCCUCAUACUCCCUUUACGCGACCUACUCGAUCUAGUCCUCGGCAGUGUAACUAGCCUGCUUACAUGUUUCCCGGUAGGUUGAGGAGGUUGAUCCGGCGAUUCUGUGUAGAGCAUGGCGCCCGGUAGCCGUGAUGACCCGCUUCCGUUACAUCAACUCGAGCUAGUCCCGGGCUGUGGAUCUGGCCUACACGGGGUGAUUACCCAUUGUUCCAUUCAUCUACUCGCUUGAUUAUCCAGCCAUUUUCGCUGUAUGGCCGAAUGUGUCUGUUAAUGGCGUUCCACGGAUUUUCACAGUGAAUGGGCGAUUGCUUCCAAGCGGUUGAAAGCAUUCUUCACGUCCAAGAUGACCUGUCUUUCUGGAAGCGAAACUGCACGUUUGACAGGUCGUCCACACCCUCAGUGCACUUAUUAAACCUGUUAAGGGUUAUUCUCUUUAAUAGUUUUCCGACCAAAAUCCAAAAGACAUAUUGGCCUAUAAAACCUGCAGGAGGAAUUGUCGGCAUCGGCGGCAACACCAAUUCAUGUUGCUUCCAGUUAUCGGAGAAGCUACCUUCAUCGAUGCAUUUCGGCAGUGUAGUCCUGAACAUAUCCGGGUUCUCCUGUAUCGCUGUUUUUAAGACCAGGUUUGGAAGGAAGGAUCACUUUCAUGGCUUUCGCCACGUCGAUUAUCUCUUCAUCGGUUAUUCGGGUUUCUUCAUCAUAAUUAUAUUCCUAACAGAACGGCGCCCUAAGCCCUUCAAUUAUAAUCUUCAUCUUAUCCGGGAAUCUUUCAACUGGUUCAGCUGGGUCUUUUAUCUUUGCCAUGGCUACUCUGUACGUGUCUCCUCGAGGAUUCGCGUUGGCUUUGUGGCAAAGCUCCACAAGGCAGGAUUUCUUAAUUAGUUAUGGAAUUUGCGUUUCGACUUUGCCUCAUCAGAAUCCGACACUAACUUAGUGACAGGCUUAGUAGCGCCAGAGUGACGCUAGCUCCAAAAACCGGAGACAAUAUUUGUGUUCAUGAACAAACCCCGCUUGAUAUCCCGCAAGAAAUGGAGUUCAUUGCUGUGACCGCAUAUUGUUUUUAUGAAUAUUUCAAAAUUUGUUGCAUUAUCUGCUGGUGAAAUAAGAAAGCUACUAUACGUGCCAGGAUUCAUUACGCCUAUAGAAUUCACUAUUCCAGAGCUGUUAUACUAACGUGAAAAAGGUGCUAAAUCUGUCUCAGAAUUGUCAUAUUUUUUUACAAUAUAACACCAGAUCUCGACGAUCUAUGCAUUUGAAAGACAUUUAAAUCAAAACAAUUUUUUUAGAUUAUAGAGGCACGUACAAGGCAAUCGAUCUACCGCAAACCGGGGUGACUCAUCACUACACUUCCCAGAAAUUUAUUUUUUUAAAGUUCAAUUGCCCCCCAUGAUUCGAUUCCUAGUCCCACACGGAGUCUACUCCAAAUUUGACCCAAAUAAGACAACUCUAGCUACCUGUCUGUUCGAAGUUUGUACGGGAUUUUUCAACAAUUUACAUGGAGAAAGCAAACUAACUUGCAUUUUCACCGCUAGUUGGUACUGUAGGCAUCACUUCAAGUGAAAAUGAGGAAAAUUAUUUUAUUGCCUACAACUUUGUAGAAGACUGAAUCAAUCCAACUUCCUUUGGAUAAGUUAUUAAACUUUUAGAGAAGUAAUGUCUAAGUCAGUUUUGCAUGGGGCCUAACAGUAUGUACUUAGUGAUGAAUCAGUAAUCGAAUCCCACGAACUCUACUUUUUGCGAAAUAAUGGUUUGGUUUAGCGGAAUAGUAUGUUUGGAAGUAAUUUAAUACGAAUGGUAUAAAUUGUGAGUGAUUAAAUUAAGUUUUUGUUUUUCAAUCAGUCAGGUGCUGAAUAUACAGCACACCAUAGCAACCUAUAAAUGUUUUCAGAGCAAAACGAGUUUGAAAUUUUAACUAUUAUUGUAUUAUUUUUAUUGUUUUGCCCAAACAUCUGAUAGUUCGAAUCUUUGAGCAAUAUCUUUCAGAAGCAUUUGAAAUCUUCUACAAAUGGUAUCAUCACUUUUUAUUGAAUUUUGCAUUUUGUGAGAAAUGUGUGUUUCUGUUCGUCUUACCUGCAGUGUCCAUAACAGCGCGCUUUCCCCUAUAAGGGCCUUGUUCAGCAACGAUCUUUUCAUGUGGUCAUUGAUCUGGCGCGUGCUUUUGGAGUAAACAAACCAUUCCAAGGUUCUAGGGGCAAGACAGACCAUUUUAUUCUGCAAUGGGACGGACAUGAAAAGCUUUUGUGCAUCAGGGAUGAAAAAUUUGCUCCAAAUAUAAAAAAUUGCGGAUCCCACUGCACAGCGGUCCAAAGUGUAAAUGCGGCAGGGUUUUUUAACUUUUUGCUAAGACUAAUUGAAAUAUCCUUAAAAUAUAUUAAGGAAAGUUGUUGUAUUUUGCAAGGCCCUUCUUUUUUUGAACAAAAGCAAGAUCUAAUAUUGAACUUUUUAACGAUUCGAGAUAGAGCUUGACUGUCUUCGAUGAGGCUGUAGCUUAGACUAUAUCAAGUGUCGCGGAUGAUUGCUUCUUCGGUAUAACAAUCGGUCAGUUAUUUUAUAAGACCGAUAGAUCGCCGUAUUGCACACUGUUAGUCGAUUAAUUUUUGUAGGCUGAAUCGUGUACCGAUGUUGAAUGGGACUACAAUCGGAUGAAUUCAGUCGUUUGUCCGAACCGGAACUAAAAUGAGUUUUUCUCUUUCAAAGGAAAAACAUACAAAAAUUGGCGUUUGUCGAUUGAGCUGAGAACAGAAAUUAAAGCCUACCAUGUUGUGAAAAUUGAUACUGAAGGAUGGCUUGUCAAAAUUUACACGUCUUAUUAUUUGUCAAAAUAGACAUUUGGCAGACGACUUGUCAAAGUGAGUGCGCAUUUGGAAACGCAACCGAUGCCAAAAAGAUGAAUAUAUGGUUGCAGGAGAAAAAAUAUUUUUUGUUGCUGAAUGAAAAAAGAUGUCCAAAAAUGGGACCACCGCCUUAAGAAAAGUAAUGACGCAAGCUGCUUUAGACGAUUUGGGUGCAUUAUCACAUUUUAUGAAACAUUGCUGAGGACACUUUUGACCGUCUUUUUUGGGUUUGCGACCACCGUGCGUCCCCACGAAGACAACGGUUUCCCCUUUUACGAUGCGGUGGACAACAGUACAUACAGGCAUGCAUACCCUCCUCCGGUUCAGUUAAACUACUACUAAACACGGUGUUUUAAUAAUGAUGGUCCGUGUUUGUACCUGAGUCCGCUUUUCCACAACGUUUUCACCUAGACCGGCAUCGGGAUUCAGGGGGCAACGGUUUGCAGACCGGCGACAAUCUUCUACUUCCGGCGCAUGAUGACCGGGAAAGAAGCGGGGUAGGAUAGGAUUCUAAUAUUAUACUUUUCAAAUGCUUCUCUUGGCCGUGUCUGGUGGUUAUCAGCUGCAUUUGAGCUAAGAUUAGUAUUAGAGGGUGAAAAUGUGAUCGUUUUUGAAACCAACGUGGCGGGCGGGUUCGGUUUUGAAGUGUGUGGGAGUUGUCGGAAUGGUCGUAAAAUGAACCAACCACAUAAUAAACUUGUAUAAAUUGGGUAUAGGGGAUUGAGCCAUGUACGUAUCGGUACAUAAGGGUUAUAAACACGGAUACCAUGUUAGUUGUCCUUCUUGCAGUUUAAUCGAUGGUGCGACUGCUAUCAGUCGAGAAUAUAUUCAAGCCUUUAUUAAGAGGGAGGGGGGAGGGGGUUGGUUAAGGGUUUUCGGCGUGAUUGCUGUAAUUUUUCUAUGCAAAAAUAUCGACAAACGAUUUGGUGACGGGACUUUUUGUGCAGCGUCUCUGGAAAGAAAUGAUUUGCGGUGUUACCUGCCAUUCCAAAACUACUUAACCGUUUUCUUUCAAACUUUGCAUACACAUUCUGUGUUAACAAUACGUUGAGUUUUUGAGAUAAAUGUUUAAUUAAGGGGUUUUUUUUACUCAUUUUAAAUAAAAAUUACUAUUAUUCACGAAAAAUUCCGUCUUUUUAUGAAUAAACCUUAAAUGAAAAGUUAUCUCAAGAACUCAACGUAGGGGUUAGGUAUUUUUAACAUAGAAUGUGUAUGCGAAGUUUGAAAGAAAUCGGUUAACUUGUUUUGGAAUGGCAGGUAACACCGCAAAUCAUCUGUUUCCAGAGACGUUGUACAAAAAGCUGCGUCACCGAGUCGUUUGUCGUUAUUUUUCAUAGAAAAAUUACAGCAUGUUAUUGAAAUGAUAGACUAUAAUGUAAAAAAGUUUUGAUAAAUUUGCAAAGUUCUAAAAAAAUUCGCAGAGGAAGUGUUUUUUUUCAUGCUGAAACCUUUAACACCCCCCCCCCCUUAAGUGAGAUAUCCUUACACCAUUUAUAUGGUAUGAUAAUAAUUAUACUAUAAAUAACCGUCAGAUUAUGUCUUCACUCAACUACAUUAUGCAGUGCCUCAAAAAAUGUUACGUACAAGGAUUGUUUGCAUGUGCGGUUGUACAUGUAACAAAUUGAUUUGUUCCAUCUCAAUUAACAAAACUACCUUACUGUAUACCAGUUAUAAAUUUGACACCCUAGCGGACGAUAGCUGAACUAGAAUAUAGAAAACUCGAUUAUGGCAACUCUUACACAAAAAAAGCCUACUUGUCUGCGUAAAAUUAUUCUCACUUACGCUAAUCGCGGGAAAAGUGGAACAAAUGAAAAGUCCGAACAAAUGGAAAUGAUCAAAAGGGAACAAAAGGGAUUUAUUCAAAAGCCAAUCAGAACAAAUUACGCGCGAACACACGAUACCGCCAAAGGGUACGCAUGAACAGAUUCCCGAUAAGCUCGCCACUUUGGUGGAGACCGUGGUGAGGCAAAAUUCUAGGUGCGAAAACCAUUUAAUUGGUUUAGUGAAUUGUGUGAACUAAGCGUUGUGCUAAUCAGGUGACGCUACCCAUUCAACGUGGGUGCUAGUUCUGGGUGAAGAACGCAACAUCGUGGUCGAAUCGCUAGUUGGCAAGCCGUUGGAUCUCCACCAAAACCUACACGGGGACACAUCUACCCCAAGUACUCGGCCGUCGUUAUUUCUGGUCUACGGUGCGGCCUCCUAGCCUGAUCGACCCGACAACAGCGAACUACGCUAUUGCCACCCGAAGAUCCUCGAAAACCAAAGCUCCGAUGGAUUGUCAUCGUCACCGUGCCGGCCGGCAUAACAAGUAAGCUCGUUCCGUUACGGUUGUGCGCACUCACUAGAGAGAACAGAAUAAAGUGUUAGCGGUAGUAGAUUGGCCAAUUGUAUAGCACGAUUUUUCGUUCACAUCCGGUAGUCUUGGUUCGUUGUGAUUUACAGAAUAAACGCGGUAUUGGUUUGGGAAGCUAUUAAGAAGCGUUUGGAUUCUUGCUAUUUUGUUUGAUUCUUUUUUUUACUCAAGCUAGACUGAUCUAUCGUGCGCCUUCACUGUGGUAUCGUGGUUUCGAGAUUUCGUCCUGAUUCGCGUGAUCAAAGAGUAUACUGAACUGGUACAAUUUCCGCGCUUACUUUUAAAUUGUUUUUUUUUUUUUUAAUUGCCAAGAUACACCAAUUUAUCCAUGGUAGAUGCGAUAAAUGUCAAUUUUCCAGGACCAGUUUCACUGAAGGUACCCCAAACCAUAACAUGACCAUCGCCAUGCUUUACAGUCGGCCGUAAAAUUUUCGGAUUUUAUUCAGUAUUUGGUUUGCGCCACACGAAAAUAUUGAAUUUGCCUUCAUCCGUGAAUAGAACGUUGUUCCAAAAAUCAUCUGGUUCUACCACAUUGAGCGUGUUCCAAUCGCUUUUUGAUAUUUUCUGUAGAAAUGAACGGCUUUUUACGCGCGACGGAUUCUCGAUAUCCUGGAGGGUAUUACGUAUUAUUUGGGGGUUAACUUUGCCGUACCGCAACGGGCUUCCUGCAAGCUUAGGAGCACUCUGUUUGGGACGUUGCUUGAUUUCACGUAAAAGUGUGCGAAUGUGACGGUCUGUAAGCUUCGGUUUGCGACCUCUUCCGGGAGCAGUCUCAGGAGACUUUGUUUUCUUGAAGCUCUGAAGUAAAUACUGCACCGAUGAUCAGGGGAGAUUCAUGGUUCCUGCAAUUUCGGACAGACUUUUACAUCUUCCUUCAAGUCAACGAUCAGUUUUCGGAUAGACAGCGGAAUCUGACAAAAAUAUCUAAAACCUUUAAAUUACACAAAACAACUAAAAUAAUAUUGUGUGUCGCGAGUAUGUACAGGACACAACACGGGAAUUAGUUUCUACCUGUCACAUACUUGUUUACUUCACAAAUUUUUGAAAGGGUCGUAAGUGUACGGACAAUUUUUUUGACGUCGGUUUCGUUACUUUUUUGAGGCAAGCAAAUAUUAAAAUAUUUGCUAACCUCAAAAAGGCAACGAAACCGCUUUGUCAAAACAAAGUUAUUACUUUUCAGCAUAGUUUGAUAUGUGAAAUACAAAACGGACUUCAUUCUACAACAAACGGCUGAAACUGAGGAGAGUUCCCUUAAUAUAUUUUUCUAAUGAUUUAUUAUUGGAGUAAAUGCUGUGCGGGCAAUUUUUUAUACAGUGUUCGUCUCACCUGUAUACAAACAUUUGGAAUUCCCACUUCGAGUAUGAAAUCACUGACGAAAUAUCAAGCUAGCAUAGCCCAUUAGUAACAAUAGUUAUCUACUCUACCGGUGUGUUAUAAACAUAGGAAGUCCUAUUAUUACAGUUAAAAAUCCCUAUUUGAAUCUGACGUAGGUAGUUACCGUAUAGUUAUUCAAAAUAAAAAUAUUUUAAACGAAAUUAACCGAAAUAUCGAGUUAUAAAAAUUUCCUGUCCUGACGAAUCAUCAAAUGAAUCCGAGCAAACAUCCUAAGAUGCUCGAUUUCUCCAGCAAAUUGUUUAUAUGAAAGUGAUUUAGUGUAUUACCUUGACCCCGUAUUGCUCCCGUUAAAUAGAUUUAAUUUUCGGUUUAUCACUGUAGAAGUUAACUACGAAUUCGACUCCUAUUUUGUAGGAUAGUAUCUGCUAGAGAGAAAAAUAUCGUAUGCCUUUCAAAAUCUCGACUGAUGAUGCGUUGCCUGAGGCACGUUAAACUGAAUCUAUUUGUAAAUAUUCGUUUAUUCAAGUAUAGUUUACGGUUUUUGUUUGACCGCUAGUUGCGUAGACAUGCGUUUGAAAAUUCUCGGGAAAAGGCACAAUAUUUGAUCGUGUGAAACUGUAACAAAAGUUUAAGAGAUAUGAUACCGAUUUUUGUUUGUGGUGGAAAUAUGUACAGCUGAGCAGACAAGUUUGAACAUUCCGGUAACAUCGAAAUCUUCACUUUUAUGAUUUCGACUAAGCAGUAUUGGUCAAUAAGUACAUACCAGUGUGUAGAUUUCUUCAACACCACCGGGAGUAUCAGUGGUUUGUACAUCAAAUUAAUAAUGUUAGUCAAAAAGUUCAAAGAAAAUCUUUUCAUUCAUUUCAAUUGCACGUGCGUGUUAUGAUCCAAAUCAAUUCACAUUGAGUGAAUGUGGAACUGGAACUGAUUAUUUUGUCUCAAUUAUAACACAAUUACUUGUCGAAUUGGCUGCAUUAAUUUCCACUGUUAACGUAAUCGGCUGGCAAAAUGAUUAUAAAUGAGAAGUGUGACCACCAAUUCACUAUCUUGAAUGGAAGGGGUUCGUGCAUUGUAUUUGAGUAGCUAAAAUGGUUCGUCUAUUGCAAAUGGGAGAGAAAUUAAAAGUAAGCAAAUCGGCCAUAAUACUACUUGCUUUUAAAGUGCCAAUAUUUUGACAAAACAAAUAUGAUUAUAAUUUAUUUUUGCCCGAUGAGAAAUUAUAAGUAUUAGCUAAACAUAUAGUAUUUAGACAAAGUUAUAGGGGGAAUAUUACGAAGAGGUUGUUUUUCGAAUUAAAACAUCUUUCAAAAUUACGACGACAGCAACUAGUGUUAACAAAGUGAUCCAUCACUAGCUUUUUCAGCGCGGCAAGCAUUAAAUGCUGUUAAAUUGUAGAAAUCAACUCCACAACACAUCCAGCAGAGCAUGUCAGUAAUCAGUAAUAGAGAAGGAUUCAAAUUAUUUCAAUAUUAGCGAAACAACAGAAUGGACAAACAAUCGGUACCUUUAAUUGUUAAUGGUGGAACAGUUAAAAUUUAUAAACCAAAAUAAAAGGACACACAAAUUUACACUUUUUAAUAGUCUUUGCAAUAAUCUUCGAAUCACAAUAAAGAUAUUUCAUACACAUCACAAACUGUCACGAAUCUCAACGUACAUAGCUGGAACCAUAGCGCAAAGAAGUUAAUCAAAACAUACUCAACUUGAAUGAAACCAACGUACGAUAAAGGAAAUGGAGCAAAUUAUAUAAACAAAGAUAUUUAUUUAAAUGGCGCAAAAAAAAAUUGACAUAUAAGAUGUAUAAUCUAGUUAGAAGAAACAACUGUAUAUUUAUUAAUUAGUUUAGCGAGAGAGCGUUAGAGAAAGAAAAAAAACAAAGCAAAACGAGAUGUUCAUUUAAAAAAAAACCUUCGAAAAAGAAUUGACUAUUACAAGAUACAAUUAAUAGAAUUAAUUGAUAUGGGAGUGUCUUCAUGUGUUCGUGCAUAUGGAUUUGAGCAUUUGGCAAACAGAUCACCAGAAAAAAACGUAACUGAUGUAGAAGUUGAUUAAAAUAAUUAUAGAAAUGUUUGUACCACCACCAAUAAAAAUAAUGACAUGUACAA